AUGGAGAUGGAAGCCUAUGCCAAUGGAAAUCAAUUCCCUGCUGGUCUCAGAAUUCUUGCUGUUGAUGAAGACAUCAAUGUUCUUAAUCUUAUUGAGGAGAUGUGCACUCAAUGCCAUUAUCAUGUGACUCCAUGCUCUGAAGCCAGAGUUGCAUUGAGUCUCCUAAGGGAAAGAAAUGUUCCUUUUGAUUUGAUACUAAGUGGUAUUCGUAUGCCGGACAUGGAUGGCUUUGAAUUCCUUCAGCAAGUUACCAACGAGAUUGAUGUUCCUGUCAUUAUGAUGUCUAUGCCUGAGGAAUCUACAAAAAGUGUUGUCAUGAGGGCUAUUACAAAUGGUGCUAGUGAUUUUUUUAUCAAGCCUUUGAGAGAGGAGCAAUUCAGGACCAUCUGGCAGCAUGUUAUGAGGAAAGCCUUUAAGGAAGAAAAUAUUACCAGCUUGGAAGAGUAUGAUAGGAAGAGAAGGGGUUCCGAUUCUUCUGUUACUGAUGAAGGUGUUGAUGCUGAUACUGCCACAAAAGAGAACGCUUCAACAAAAGAAGCUGUGGUUUAUGAGUCAGAGAUUAAUGGCUACACACCCACACAGAAGAAGCGUCGUAUAGUUUGGACUGCAGAACUGCAUGAAAACUUCAUGAGGGCUGUCACGCAACUCGGGCUUCAUAAGGCUGUGCCAAAGAAAAUUCUUGAAGAGAUGAAUGUUCCUGAUUUGACAAGAGAAAACGUUGCAAGCCAUUUGCAGAAAUUUAGAAACUUUUUGAAGAGAUCCAAUGCAGAGGCACAUCAACAGAAUGGAAUGUCCAACAAAUUCAAACAUGGUGGAUACAAUGGAUUUGAAGCUUUGGUUGCUUCUGGCCAUAUUUCACUUGAAAUGCUCUCAAACUUUCAAUCUGAGGUCAUGGGUUUCCCAAACAAUGAUAAUGUGCAGAUGAAUAACACAUUGCAGCAUCAGCAAAUUCAGCAGCAGACACUCAUGCAAAUUCAUUCAAUCAAUGGUUUUCAAUCUUCUCAUACUCAAAUCAUUGGUUAUAAUAACAAUGUGAUUUUGCCUCAAUCAAGUAACUUUUCUGGCAUUGCUCAAUUCCCCGUGGACAACAACAGAGGUAGAAACAUUUACUUACCUACUCAACAUCUUCAAAACACAUCUUUGAAGAGAUCUUCAUCAGUGCCUAUUAUUACACAAGGUGUUCCAUAUGGUUCUUCUACAUCUAGUCAUGAUUCACAAGUUGUUUCUUAUGUUGCACCUGUUGAGAAUAGCUGCACAGAUAUGAAUACACUGAACCAGGAUCCAAAUUAUUCUAUGCCACUAGAGGAUCUCCCACCCUCAUCAGGAUAUCCAUAG